UACAAACGUAAACAAGCAGACAGCACAGCGCUCAGCUGAUCCGGCCGCUUUGUGCAGUUCACAGAUUUCACCGAAUACGCUUGGUUUUCUCAGAUUCCACGACUUCAUUCCUUUAUUCCUCCCUUCUCAACGUCGCAGUAUGUCCUUCAGAGACGCCAAUUUUGGAAAUGAACAUCCCCGGAAUCUCAUUCCUGAACUGUCUCGUCUAUUCUACGAUUUGGGUUGGGUUACUGGCACUGGGGGUGGCAUUAGUAUUAAAGAGGGAGAUGAAAUUUAUAUCGCCCCAUCAGGAGUCCAGAAAGAACGAAUCGUCCCUGAUGAAUUGUUUGUGCAAGACAUCAAUGGAACUGAUAUUCAACUUCCACCUGCUGAGAAGAGGCUGAAGAAGAGCCAGUGCACUCCCCUCUUUAUGUGUGCUUACACUAAAAGGGGAGCAGGAGCUGUGAUACACACUCACUCUAAAGCAGCUGUUAUGGCCACCCUGCUCUAUCCUGGUAAAGAAUUUUUCAUCACCCACCAGGAAAUGAUCAAGGGAAUACAGAACCAGAAGCUUGGACGGAAUUACAGAUAUGAUGAGAAACUUGUUGUACCUAUCAUAGAAAAUACUCCGUUUGAAGAAGACCUUAAAGAUCGCAUGGCUGAGGUCAUGGAAGAAUACCCUGAAACUACUGCCAUUUUAGUUCGCAGGCAUGGAGUCUAUGUUUGGGGAAAUAGUUGGCAACAUGCAAAAACAAUGACGGAAUGCUAUGACUACUUGUUUGAUAUUGCUGUUCAAAUGAAGCUGCAUGGACUUGAUCCAUCUCUGAAACCCUCUGAAUACGAACUGCUGCAUCAAAAGGAUGAAGGAGAAUCAAACGGGAGAACAGCUCCAAAGAAACUCAAACUGAGUGUUAAAUGAAUAUCAUAAAUUUCUAUUUUGAUGAUAAAUUGCAAGUUUACAUAAAUUUGUAACAUCAAAAGUAGUAGCUAAAUUCUUUUAUAAUUGGAAAUUUUAACAUUAAAAACAUAUUGAUGACUA